AAUAUUAAGGGACACAUCGUCUUUUGUUAAUAUUUGCGAAUUGACAACGUCAAUUUGGCGUGACAAGGUUUUUCCGAUCUUAUUUCGUUGUGAUAGGGUAUAAAAUCGUGUUUCGUGUUCAAGGGAAAUCUUUUUGGCCGAUGCACAAAGAGAUUGUAGAUAUCUGUGUAAUACGAUUAACUGUUAAGUGACAUGGCGCUAAUGAUUUGAUUCGGGAUUAUUUCUUUUUGGAAUGGUGUUUAUUGAUUAUAUUUUAAAUAUCUCAUUUGCAAUGUCUCGCCUUGGUUUUCUUUCUAAAUGCCGCUGUCAUUUUGUAAAUAUUAUUGUAAGACCUGCAUAAACUAAAUGCUCGUGUAGUAGUAAGUGCCAUUUAAAAAUACAUUAUGUCUACAAUUUUAAACAUCUAUCCUUGUUUAGAAAAUUCUUAUCACUUCACAGUCAUACAGUGAAAGGACAGACAACUCUACCCGUCCAAAUCCCGUAAAAUUAAACAAGACAUGUAGUUGUACGUAACAAGUAAUUUAGUAUUGGAGUCUGGCUGAAUCUCCGCUGCGGAACUGAAACUGUCUGGAAACAAAACAGAGAGCUGAGCGUCUGCACACCUACUCCUCGUCAUAAACAAAUCAAACAUGGCCGGCCCGCCCGAGAUAUUAAUGAGACAAUGAGACAUUAGCUCGCUACAAAAUGCCUCCGCAUUCGCGAAUAAUUAAAUCGUAAAGUCCCCUCUACGCCGCCUACAGCUCCCGUCUAUUUACUCCUUUUUCAUUCAACACAAUAGCCGCUGCAAUCCAACACGCUUGGCUCCGUUACGUCACUUUAUUGUUACACGACACACGCCAAACUCGACUUUACGACCUUCGAAUAACGUUUAAAUUUGCCCUAUAUAAUAUAAUUGUAUAAGGCGUAUUCCGUAGAGACUAUUAAUUUGAGCGCGACGGACCCCGCCUACUCAAUAUCGCGUUUACACACAUGUCGGAUUGUAUCGUCGUCUCGUUCGCUCCGCGCCGCUUAUUAAAAUUCCUCGGUCGGUAGCUGCAUCUCUGUCGGCGAGGAGAGGCGGGCCGCGGCCGCGGCGGGCGCCCCAAUGCUGGCGCGAUUUCCACCGCGCUUCCACGCGAAUCAUUACGCGGAGAUAUCGCUCGUUUCCGAACACAUUCGCAAGUUUCCGCGCCGCGCUUUGCGACCGCACGUUCCGAUUUCAAAUCCACGCUCCAUAUUCCGAUAUUAUUUUUUUAUUAGUGCUGCCAAUUGUGCUAAUUCGACUGUUGCCGCAAUAGUGAUGUAUUGACUCGACUAUUGUAUCGGAACACACGUUUACGUGGAUAGUGUAAUUAAAUUACGAUGUGCAUAUGAACGCAAAUUAUAUUCACGACACGACAAAAACUUACAAAAUAAUACGCCGACGCGGAAUCAAUUAACGAACAUUGUCUAGUUUGCCGUUAACAAUGGGGCGAAUUUACAAAUACAAAUUACUUGCAUGAGUAAUUGUUUGACAAUGGGACACAUAAUGAACUUAAUUACUCGUCCAGUGCACAUUUGAAUAUCUGAGCGGACUGCUGAAAAGAAAUACAAGUGUUUAUAAUAAGGGUAUGGCGAGAUAAGAUCCGUCGGGGGAUUAGCGCGCGGAUUUACUUGAAAUGUCAUCGAGCAGAUGAAAUGAAGACUUCGCUCGAAUGCGAGCGCGGGGAGACCGCCGACAGCGGCGGGAAGGGCCGGAUCUCGUUCAGCGUGGACUCGCUGCUGCGGGGGAGGCAAGAGCCGGCUAAGGAGGCGGUGGACACGAACAGCAAUGACGCGGAAAGCACGGACGCGGCGCCGGAGAGCGACGAGAGCGACGUGGACAUCGAGGAUGUGGAGUCCGCGGACGAGCGCGAGGAGCGCGAGAGCGGCCCCGACGGGGAGGAGCCCCGCGGGGUCGUGGUCCCGCAGCCGCUGCUGCCGCGCCUCUACCAGGGGCCGCCGCCGCCCUCCUGGCCCUUCGGCGCCUUUCCCUGGAUGGCUCCCAACCCUAUGUUCCGAGGAGGGUCCCCAAACUCAGGCACACCGAGCGGCCCGCCCGUCGUGCGCUGCCAACUUCGCAAGCACAAACCGAACCGCAAGCCGCGGACGCCCUUCACCACACAGCAACUCCUGGCUCUCGAGAAGAAGUUCAGGGACAAACAGUACCUGAGUAUCGCGGAGAGAGCUGAGUUCUCAUCCUCACUCAGACUUACGGAGACACAGGUCAAAAUAUGGUUCCAAAAUCGACGCGCGAAAGCGAAAAGAUUGCAAGAGGCGGAGAUUGAAAAGCUAAGGCUGUCAGCCCGGCCUCUCUUGCCUCCAUCCUUCGCACUAUUUGGCGGAGGAGGCGCCCCACCGCUCUUCGCAGCCAUGGCCGCGGCCUCCAGACCCCAGCUCAGCUUCCUUGGAGGUCCCCCAAGCCACCAACACGCAAUAAACAUGAACAUACUGAAUUCCCUACAGCCACAUUGACGAAUGGAUCACGCGGCAACGCGUGAAGCGAGCGAUCAGCCGCCAUCUUGAAACGAUGUGCGAAUUUGAAUUGAAAGGGUCCCUAUUCUCGUAACUGCAGUUUGGUUUCGCUAUUUUAAAAUCUUUUUUGUAUUAAGUGUGAAUGUGUCGUUUGAGUUAAG